CUCUGGCCGUGUCCAUAUCCGGUUGUCAGCGUGCGCCUCUGGGUCACGUGACCCUGAAUAGAAACCUAUCCAUUUUUUCAGAAAGGGAAACGAAAGUCAACAUGUCUCAUUUGGGAACCUAUUUCCUUUCUAUUUUUCUUACGCCAUCCGAUCAGAGAGUUUCCCCUCAACCUGGUGCAACAGUCGAGCAACGCGUCUGUAUAUAACGGCACAGAGUGUUGGAGGUCUGUGUUGUUUACACGGUGGAAGCUGCGGACAGGACCUGACUCACUCGAUGCGGAAGAAGCAGCCCAGUACAGUCUGCUGAGGGACCGUGUUGUGAUUUCUAAUCUACCAGAGGUUCUGUGCCCACGUUUCACGCUUCAUUUGUGACUCGCGCUUUGUGUGUUGCUGUUGUUCUGUUUGAGUCAUCUGAUUGUUGGGAGGCUGCAGGACCGCACACGUCUGCCACUGGUUUGAACUCCUCUAGGUGCUCUCUAUGUGCUACCGGCCUGCCCUGACUUUCCACCAGCGCCUGCUCUUUUUGCCGCUGGACACACACUCAUACAGAGGCUGCGCAGCCCGCUGCACCGGCCCCCUUCACGCUCACCCCCUGCGCUAUGAGCAGAGGUAGAGGAGGGCCUUCCAAAGAAAACUACCACCGAUAUCCACUACCCCACUUCCAGGCCAGGGAGAAUCAAAACAGGCCUGGCCCAUCUUCCUUCUUUCCCAGAGCUGACCCGCAGCUGAGCCCGUAUUCAAGUUACUACAACAGCCCUCCCCCUCCUUUGGUAUCCACACAUCCCCAAGCUCCCUCUUUCAUUCCCUCUGCCCCACCCGAACCAAGCCACUAUAAAGGACCCCCCAAACCCGUGACCCCUAACAAUUCAUACUAUCAGAACCACUUUCCCUGUCCUGUUCCAAAUUCAUUUAAGCAACAACAGUCAGAGUUCCUGAGAGGUCAACGCUCCGAGGCUCCACAGUUCAGAACCAGUCUGCGAGGAGGUGGAGUGGUACCAGGCAGACCGCCCAGUUCCUCAUAUCAGCCCCAGUCAGGAUACAGUAGAUUUCUAAACCCCAACAGCAGCCCUAGGGGUAGAGGGGGGUAUAGCCAAGAGCAAAGCUUUGAAUACUCACCCCGUUUUGGACCCCAGCAAGGCCCUCGACACCUGAAUCAAACCCAGUUGCAAGGUAAAAAACACAACCAGCACUCCAACAGACAAUGGUGGGCACAAACAGACUCUCUGUGUGACAAUUUUGAUAGUUUGUCUCUUCAUCAAGAAUGGACCAGCAGAGGAGACAGCUCUGAUAGACAUUCUGAAUCCAGCAGCUCAGCAGCUUCAAGCUCCAGUAAGAUUAACAUCACUCUCACUCCUGCCAUCCAGGACCAGGUACACAAGGCUUUGGCUGCUUUGAAUCCAACUGACAGCGUCCCUGCAAAAGUGUUAGCCAGAAAGCUGCGUCUGCCCAAAAAGAUAGUGAACAGGGCCCUGUACUCGUUGGAACGCUUACAGAUAGCCUCUAAGCAAGGACUUCUCCCUCCUGGGUGGAGUCUUUACAGAGAACCUCUCAAUUGCACUGAAGAUCAAAACGCUGAAGUAUAUACUCCUCUAUCCAAUCUGUGCGUCCGUUUAGAGCAACCCAAGGGAGAGGACUCUGACUCAGAAUCCAGUUCUACGCUCUGCUCUUCCUCAGAGUCAUCGGACUUUGAAGGAUCCAGGUCAUCAGGAAAAGGUCAGCACACAGAGAAACCACAUUGGGGCAGCACCACCUCCCCUGAUCAGGAACUGCAGCUUCCCACAAUGACAGAACAGAAGGACCUAGUACUGCGUUACCUGCUGGAGUCAGGGGAGGCAACCGCUCUUGUCAUAGGCAAAAAUCUGGGUUUAAGGAAUGCCAUUCAGUCCACACUUUAUGCUCUGGAGAAGCAAGGCGAAGUCGUUAAGAAUGGUGAAGUCAACCCUCCCACCUGGGAGCUCUCCACCCACCGCAGGGAGAGAAUGGAGAGGAGCAUCAAAGCUGCAAAGAGCACCGCAGCUAAGGGGGCUCCGAUGGAGGAGGGCUCAGGAUCCAUCUUCCAUCCAUCAGCAACACCACCAAUACCGGGCCUCGAAAAACUUUCACUUCCAGAGGAUUGGAUUUCGGAGAAGUCCGACUCCUCCCUCCGGCCCCCCUCGUUUAGCCCCUGUAAAGCCAAAGAGGCCAACGAAGGACAGUGGGCCAACGACGAUAUCCCAGAAUUCCUCAAUGCUAUUCGCAGGGAAACGGAUGCCGGAAAACUGGCGGGAGACAAAUCCAAUAUUGUGGGAACUAUUGCCGUCUCGCUAGCUGCCCCGCCUCCGCAGAACCUGUGGGCCAAGCUACAGGAAGUGAGGCUGAAGAACCCAGUAAGCGGCCUCAUGGAGUAUGCCCAGUAUCUGGGCCAGAACUGUGAGUUCCUGCUCCUUGACCAGUCGGGACCCUCCCACGACCCAAGAUUCCGUAUGCAGGUGAUGCUCAAUGGGCGCUUGUUUCCCGUCGCAGAAGCUUCCAGUAAGAAGGUUGCCAAAAAGGACGCCGCUGCGGCCACUCUGCGCAUUCUCUACGCAGAGAUGCAGGAAGGGGCGACCACAGGGGACAAUGGAAAUGUUGAAACCACAAUCAAAAUCAUGGACAUACAACCUGAAACCACCGUGACAGUUGAAACCAUGGGUGAAAUCUUUGGGCCCAAUAAUGUGGAAGGGGUAGAGAUGUCGGAGGGACCUCGCCAGCCGCUGUCCCGCUCUCUGCCUGGUGGGAAAAAUCCAGUGUCCGUCCUGAUGGAGUACAGCCAGCGCAGCGGCAACCCCAUCGAAUUCAUCAUCACCGGGCAGGCAGGCCCGCCACAUGACCCACGGUUCAUGUACAGAGUAAAGGUCGGAGAGAACUUGUUUGCAGAGUCCUCCGCUCCAAGUAAGAAGGCAGCCCGCCAGCUGGCAGCAGAGGGGGCCGUCAAGGAAUUAAUGGCUGACGGGAGAUUGCAGCUCAGCAAGCCUCAGUUGCCCCUAGGCUCUUCCAGUGAUAGUGACAGUGCUGUGACCACGUGUCCCUCUCUGCCGCCUCUGACUGUAGAUGAGUUGCGAGCAGCUCAUGAGGCAGGGGUGGGGGACCUCAUCAACCACCUGAACAACAAUGCAGUGUCAGGUCUUCUGGAGUACGCCAGAGCCCGGGGCUUUGCUGCCGAGAUCCGGCUCGUGGGCCAGUCUGGGCCAGCACAUGAACCUAAGUUCACCUACCAGGCUAAGCUCGGCGGACGGUGGUUUCCUCCAGUCUGUGCGUCAAACAAGAAACAGGGAAAACAGGAAGCAGCAGACGCCGCUCUCCGGGUUCUGAUUGGAGAAGCUGAGAGGGCAGCCCGCACUGGGGAGCUUAUCCCGGCCGAGCUUCCAGUGAGUGGCAGCACUCUGCACGACCAGAUAGCGAUGUUGAGUCACCAGCGCUUCAACGCCUUGACGACACGUAUCCAGCACAGCCUUCUGGGACGCAAGAUUCUGGCCACCAUCGUCAUGAGGAAGGGGGAGGGCCUGGGGACUGUUGUCAGCCUGGGAACUGGAAAUCGCUGCGUUAAAGGGGAGGAGCUGAGCCUUAAAGGGGAGACAGUGAAUGACUGCCACGCAGAAAUUAUUUCCAGAAGGGGAUUUCUUAGGUUUCUGUACAGCGAGCUGCUGAAGCACUACGACGGCGCAGAAGACAGUAUAUUUGAGAUGGCAGAGUCAGACAAACUGCGGAUCAAAGCUGACAUCACCUUUCACCUUUACAUCAGCACAGCACCGUGUGGGGAUGGGGCUCUGUUUGAUAAGUCCUGCAGUGAGUCCGGCGAUGACGUUGAUGGCCACCAGCCUCUGUUUGAGAAUACAAAGCAGGGCAAGCUCCGCACCAAAGUGGAGAACGGUGAGGGCACCAUCCCAGUGGAGUCGAGUGCCAUCGUGCCGACCUGGGACGGCAUCCAGCACGGAGAGAGGCUGCGGACCAUGAGUUGCAGUGAUAAGAUCCUGCGCUGGAACGUGCUGGGCCUGCAGGGGGCGCUGCUCACCCAUUUCAUGCAUCCCAUCUACCUAAAGUCCAUCACACUUGGUUAUCUGUACAGCCACGGUCACCUGACACGUGCUGUCUGCUGUCGAAUGGCGAGGGACAGUGAAGCGUUUGUGGAGAGUCUUCCUUCUCCAUUCGUGCUCAACCACCCAGAGGUGGGCAGGGUGAGUGUGUACGACUCCACACGUCACACAGGAAAGACCAAAGAGUCCAGUGUGAACUGGAGCUUUCAAGACCAGCACAGUGUAGAGGUGCUGGACGGGACCAAAGGCAAACUGGAUGGGAACAAGCACAGCAUUUCCCGUGUGUCCAAGUCCAACUUGUUCUUCGUAUUCCGGUCUCUGUGUCAGCGGUGCGGCCGCACAGACCUCCUCGCUCUUCCGUCUUAUUCCCACGCCAAGAUGGCGGCCAUGUCCUUCCAAUUGGCAAAGCAUCAGUUCUUUGAAGGUCUCGGCGUCCACGGUUACGGUGCCUGGAUCAGCAAACCGCUGGAAGAGAAGAGCUUCGAGGUCUUAGAGGGACUUCGGAGAAACGGAGCAAGUUUGCCCUCUGGAUACGGCAACAGUAGAAAUGGAGCAGCGUUAGAGCAAGAAGGCGUAGAACAGUGCAUUACUAAGUGAGUAUAUAACGUGGAGGAGGGGAAAAAACACCAGACAGGGGCAGACGUGAAGGGGGGGAAGAAAAGGACAAUCAAACUCUGUGUAGCAAGUGGACAGAACCGUAUCUUCUGAUGGGACAUGGUUAACGGCUGCUGAGGAGGAGCGAUGCGAAGGAACCGUGUGAAUGACCAGGGCAAAGCCUGCUGGGUGACUGUGGUCAGAGUUCACACACAGAGCUUAGAAAGAGAUUCAGAGGGUAAACAAAAAAUAUAUAAACACUACAUACAAAAGAAAUUGGUUUGAAGUCGAUACAUUAACCUGACAAACACUGCUACAAAGCUGAGCUGUUUGCUCUCAAGAUGAUUGCUGCUUGUGUCUCGAUCCUUUUUUCCAGAGUGUAAUUUCAACUGCUCUUUGUGAUAAUAGUGCUUCACUCGGUUUUUUGACCAUUGACAUAAUUCAGCUUCUUUUGGCAAAUGCAUCUUUUAUUUUUCCUUGAGAGCUUGAGUAGCCGCGUUCAAUCGAUCUCAAGCCUGCUUUGUCGCAGUGUUUGCAAUUGUUAAGUGAAGUUGGCGUUCAAAUGUCAUGAAGUGAUUAUUAUUUUUUCUCUGCUCCCUGUGUUCUACUUCAUGGAAACUUAUGCAGCUGCUAUAUGACAAAAAGCAGAAACAACAAGGAGGUUUUUUCUGAUAUUUUUUCCGGUCAUCCCGAUUGACUCAAUGUGGUGAAUCUGGAAAUCAGUACCUGCUCGGUACAGUCCCAGCUUAAAUUGUAAAUUCAGCACGUUCACCGUACAUAAGGCCAUCAAUAAACACACGUACUCUGAUCAGUGACAAACGCUUCAGCUCCUCAAACUCAUAAGACGUCCAUCCGGCCCUUUUCUGAGUAACACCAGCUGUAAGAUUCAUUCAUUGUACACCAUCCCUGCACAUAGUGUUGCCAUGGUUUCCAUUAGCACAGUGUAGGUAAGUGUGGCCCUCUGAUCAGUCCCACAAGUUCCUCCGUGCUUUUGUGCUUUUAUAUAGAAUUACUGAUGUCAAGAACUCAAAGAAGUACAACCUUUCUGUUUCCUUAUUGCUUGUUGGUCUGUUUUAGAGUAUAUCUCCAUGUUUAACCAAUAAGAUAAUCAAUAACUGGUCAUGGGAGCGAGUCUCUCCUGUCCUGCAUGCAGCCAGCCUGCAUGUUUUUGUUUUUUUUCACAGCUCAAUAUACAAAAAGACAUCCAGGUUCUCUCACAUGUCCAGUUGUUGUCUCACCUAGUAGCACUAGGUGAGGACAGCUUGUUUAAGGAGAAUGUGUAGUUUCUUUUUUUUCCCCUUGUUUCGGUUUCAUGUACUUGGAUGAUGCAAUAUAUACAUCAAGUAUAUACAAAUACAUGGACACACAGAUGUGAAGUGGGGUGCAAAAGCCUGAGUCUCAGGUUGAAGUUGUGUUUGAGGUCUGGAGAGGAAGCCAUGCAGGUCAAUGCUCCAUUUUGUUGAGCAUUGAUGCAUGAGCACAUUAUUUUGCUUGAUAUUUCAUCUUAUUUUAAACGGUUUUAAGUCACCUUUCCUUUUUUUUAUUAGUAUUUGUUUUGUUUUGUUCAGACAUUUAUUGCAGUCUUUUGAGUUCCAUAAGUUAGUAAUUACUGGUUACAUUUCCUCAAAGGUGUACCUUAUUUUAAUAAGAAGUUUUAAAAAGAAAAGGAAAUGUGCAGCUUUCAGUAUUGGACUCAGACUUUUGAUCCCCACUAUUUCAGUAUAAGGUUAUAUAUAAAUAUAUAAAUAUGUGUGUGUGUGUAUAUGUAUAGGUUUCAUGUAUAUAUUUUGUAAAUCAUCAGAAAUAGUUUUCUAUAGUUUUCCUGGUGUUUUAAUGGAUUAUGCCAUUUUUUACCAAUAAAGUUUCAAAAGUU